AUGCCUCAGAGCCAUCGCCUACAGGAUCCAUUCACACCUCUUGAGGACCGUCUGUCGUCUCAGCUCCAGGGACCUCGGAUGAAUACGUCGCACUUCGACUCUCAGGCACAUCCUAUGAGUCUCCAUAUUCUUCAUCCCCAGACUGAUCCCCGCUACGUGGUCCCGCCUGACUACACUAUACCCAACGUAUCACCUGGGCAUCCUCAAGAUUAUUACCAAAGCCAGGGACCUAAGCCAAUCUUCCAACCUCUUGGGCCAAGUUUUCGCACAGAGCCAGCCCAAGAACCUCUGCCAUUUGAAAGACCACCUCCAGAUCAAUUUGCAAGUAACAGGUACGAGGACGCAGUAUAUUUUGACGAAAGGGAGAACGACUCCCUGAACGAUGACAGAGGCACCAGAUCUGCCAUAGGCGACUUCCAAUACACCAACGACUGGGCCCAGAAUAGACUGAGAAACCCGCCGGAGCGGUCUGGCCAGAGUUCUCGAAACUACCCAAGGAAAUCGAGGGACUUUGAGCACGAUGACCCUCGAGAUCGCGCCAUGGGCAGCGAGAAGGGACCUCUUUGGAGUUACCAGGACAUCAGCCGGACUAGGUCGGACACAGCAGAAGGAUGGCGGCAGCGGGCGAGUUUUUGCGCGCCUCAAACUAGGGAAGAAAGGCAUUCCGAACAAAAGCAGAUGCUUGGUUCUGAAAAAGGUGGUGGAGGCCAGGAAACAGCAAUCGAUUUAGGAAGAGAAAGGCGUUUUCAAGGAGAGAUGGAGAGAAUUACCCAAGAACAAUGCAGAGGCGCUCGAGGGUCACGCCUUUCGAAAUGGGCCUCCUCCGUUACCAGGCCGAUGGCUCCCAGGCGACGCGGUUCAGGGUCAAGCCGCUCGACUUCACCCGAUGAAGCCAUUGAUAAUUAUCAGCGGGGGCCUGUCGCUUAG